AUGUCGGAAUUUCUUAAUAGCGAGAGCCCUAGUACGAUGCAUUCAAGUAUCCCUUAUUUGGACGGUCUUCAUAAAAACGAGGACGUCACGUUCAUCGACGAGAUGGAUCCAAUCAGGAGAAGGAGAAAAGAGAUGUUGUACGAUAAGUUGCACAGAGGUUUUGUGAAAGUCUGUAUGGGUGUCACAUUGGUCAGUGGCCUUUUGUUGGGGUAUAAGGUCUAUGAAUACUUUCGAUAUAUUCGGCCUCUGCAUCAAGCGCAAACUAAAUUGGCCCAGGAUGAACUCUUGCUUGAAGGCAGAAGCAUAGAAGAUUCUCCAGAUAUAAAAUUGUCAACAUAGUUGAAUAUCAUACAAUUAAGAUAUAUGUAUGAGCAGUUGUUUCAAUAUACAGGAAAAGAAUAAAAAUUAAAUGUCACGAGAUGGAACAAUAUGUAUUUUUGAAAAUCAGAAUGUAUUUAAAGACCUGUAUGGACUAUAAAUGAAUUUGUGUAUAUAUGUUUUAUGUAGUUAAUGUAAAAAUUGAAAUUGUGUUUAUUAUUUGUAAAUAAACUUGAUCAAUUUAUUAGAUAUGUAUAACAGA